AUAAUAUCCCUUUCUGUACACAUCGAUUUUAUUCAGACUAGAGUUUUAUAUUUUUAAAAAUUUACCCAAGUUUUAGCUAAAUCCGUAGACAGUAAAAAAAAUUCUUAACUUGAUUUUAGCGAUAUUUUCUUAAAUGCAAAACGAUGGCUCAGUGCUAUGGCUUCGACGUCAUUCUGGUGAGCUCCAGUCUGCCGAUUCCACGGAAAUCGGCCAGUUUUAGCGAAGGUGGAAGGGCCAUCUACUCAGUCCGGUUAUUCGAGGACUUUGAGGAGUUGUCCAUUGAGCGCCUGUUCGUGGAUCAGUUUCCAGCGGACGCGUUGGGUAGCUUCACGGCCAGUCCCUGCGAUGUGAUCGGUUCGCUGACCUCCAGGGGCGUCGGCGUUACUCUCAAGGAGAACGACGAGCUAAUAGGAUCGGGCACGGGCAUGCUGGACUCUUCGAUCCUGCGCCAGCUGACUGUUCCCUUCUUCUCGGUAACCCAGAAAAUUGCGGUGCAGCUGACCAAGGGCAAGAACACUGUUGGUGAGGUGGAGCUUCUCUUGAAAAUCAGUGCCGAUUCUCCGGACAUCAACCAUGGCCUUGUUCCAUUUGGCUGCUACGACGUGUGCAAGCCUGUGGACAAUUCGAUCAACAAAAAGGACAUUAUAUUCACCCUGGGACGCUCUGGAAAGUGUCCCACGAACACCUGCAUCACGGAUGAGCGUCUGAUGUCGCAUGCCGGAGCACCCUUUCUAUGUCCUCAUAUGCCCACCGAGAUCGAGGAUAACGAAGGUGGUGCGACCACGAGAUGUGGCUGCUACUUGUCAGGAAUGCAGGUGCCUCCGGAUGACAAGGAGGCGAAGAAGAGGGACCGGGCCGCUCUCAAAAAGCUCAUUGAUGAACUGGGACUGGAUCAAAUCAAAGUGCCCAAUGCGCCGGGAUCACAUGAGAAGUCCCGACGUUGGCAUUGCCAGUGCAGGUCAGCACACUCCACCACGGAGACUUCCUCUUGCGACAUCAAUGAGUUCGAGGCGGAGAAGCCCCCCAGAAAAAGGAAGGCGUUAUCCUUGACCGCCUCCCGGGAGCAACAGGCUCGUCGCAGGAUUAUGGGCUCGUGUCCCGUGAAAGAACCUGAACUAAUAAAUCAGGCCUAUAAGCCACCGAAUCUCUGCCAGCUCUGUCAAUCGGACAUCAGUUGGCUGCCCAAGAUCUCCGCUUGUCCUUACUGCGGCUACAAAACUUUCGAGGAUAUACAUCCAAGCGAGGAGCCCUAUGAUCUCACGGCAACAGCUCAGCAACUGCUAAGGGAUUCGCUGCGCAAGGAUACCUGUGAACUGGGCUCCUCCGACUCUUCAGAGGAUGAUAAGGCAAUGGGCGACAAGCUCAAGAAACACAGGAUGAGCGAUGAUCCCAAUGUGGCCAGACAGUGUACCUGCUUGGACGGAAAACCCUGCACCCGCUGUCGCAUCCGCAAACUCUGCGAGAACUUCUUCAAGGAUAAUGAGUGCAAGGUGGAGCCAAUCGCUUUGCCACAGGCUCAAACGGAACGUGUAUCUGUGACCAAGUCCUUGCCGGAAGAAAAUCAGGUCAGGAAGAGCAACUCGGAUAUCUCUCAACGACGGACUCAACUGAUCUCCAUCUUCACGGAGAUGCGCAACAUGUAUGGGAAGAAGAAGGGUGCCGAUGAGGCGGAUGCAGUGGCCCAGGAGCUGCGCAAGGAAUGUGAUGCAGUCUGCCGGAACACCAAGACCGCCAAGGCCCGCAGAAAGGCCAGGAAGUCACUGCAGAAGGCCCUAAACGAGAUUGACAAGGCCUAUCCCAAGCCACCCAAAAUACGGGCUAAAAAGAAGCCCGUUCACCACAAGAAGUCCAGAUGCUACACCUUUCUGAAUCUAAAGAAGCAGGAAAAGGAUGCCCGUAUAGGCCACCUCGAUUGCAUUUCGGACAGCAAAUACACGGGCUAUUGUAAAAUUCCCUGUCACAUGGGUUGGAUGUGGACCAAGGGUGAAAUGGCGCGGUAUAAGUCCUGGCGUCCGGGAGCCAUUGCAAGACCCAUUCGCCAGAUGAUGAGGUACUUCUUAAAAGACUACCCAGUGGACAAUCUUUGCUUGUCGCGAUACCACUACCUACGCCGUCGCAAGUGCCACAAGAACAAGGAGGAAGAGCCGUUGGUGCAGCAUCCCACACUGCACAUAAGUCGUAGCGGUGAUGAGUACAUAAUCACACUGCGUCCUUUGAAGGACCCCAAGUCCCUGGCCACCAGUGCCAAUCCCUAUGCGGACAUGAAACCUGUGGUCUUCCGCAUCACCAAGGAUCCCAUGGCCGCAGGACUGCGCCAGAUGAGGGUGGCUCUGCAGGACAAGGGAUUCGCACCGUGCACUUGUCGUCGUCCGGUGGCUAGUUGCUUCUGCCGCAGUCACAACGACAAGAAGCGCAUCCAGUACGAGUUGGAGAGCCUUUGUCGCCAGCGGGGAUGGCCAAACAACUCAGAUUCCUUUGUGUACUCCCCGAAUAGCGAUGACGAUGACAGUGAUCGGGAGUACGAGUUUGGGGUCACUCCACCAGCAGGCGUUAUAAAACCGGAGCGCAGAAGGAAACCGGACCUGGCGCAUGUGGAGACCCAGUAUGUGGACCACGACUGGGCCGCACCCACCAUGUAUCCCCAUCCGGCCAACAUGCUGGUCCAGUACGGCGCCUGUGUGGUGGGCGAGCGCAAGAAGAAAUUCCCCUGGCUCUACGGAAAGGGUAACAUCCAUGCCGAUCCCCCCAAGCCCCGAAUGAAGAAUCCCCCGAAGAAGAAGCCGCGCAAGAAGCUGCCAUUCCGAAAUGUUGGCGGCUACGAUGACCCGAGUCGCUUUAAUGAUCCCACUCCGCUUAACAGACCUUGGCAUCAAUCGAACUCCCCGGGUCGCAUGCAAAUGUAUUGAUUUUCAGACGAACCACUUUUAAAUCUCUAAAUGAAUGACCGUUUAGGCUUUCAAAAUAAAGCUUGUAAAAUUA